AUGCCAACACUCUUCUAUACGUUCAUAGGCCUUCAACUAUCAGGUGCUAUCGGGAUGACGCUUAUCUUUCUAACGGUCGUCUUCUCUCCUCUUGUCAAAAGAUGCUCAACUUGGUACACCUUCUGCGUUUCGUGGAUACUUUCCUGCUUCUCGUACUCUUUGCUGUUUUUCAUUGGAGGAAGCGAUCGGAAUCCUGUCCCAAGUCAUGGCCUCUGUAUUACUCAAGCGGCACUGAUAUACUCGAUACCGACGCUGACUGCACUUACUACGCUUUCACUCUUGGUCCAUAGCUGGUAUAACGUUCAUUUUGGGAUUUCGAGGCCCCCUUUAGAAGCCAAUUAUAAGACUAUCAUCGUCCUACUUGUAGCGCCAUAUGUCAUCUGGUUCUUCAUGUUUUUUGGCUUCCUUUUGUUUGGUCUGGCGCAUUCAUCACUCGUCAAUCGACUCAGUAACUCGUCAUAUUGUAUAAUUAGUAGUGCAAUUCCGCCUAAGAUUUCCUCGCUUUUUGUGGUUAUCGUUACCUCCUCAAUGCUUCCUGUGCAAGUAUCCCUUGGUCUCUCUCUCUGCCGUAACCUCUACGACAACGAUUCGACAAGUACCAUUUCAAUACCUACCCUACAAGUGGUCAUUCGUGUCAUGGUAUUCAGCUUCCUCACCCUUGUAGCCUUUGCCGAAGGCGUUAUAUACAUAUUCGACUUAUCUACAGGACCUUUCGUCGACAUCAUCAUGGCAUGGUUACCUGUAUUUGGGGUACUUAUCUUCGGUAUGCAAAAGGAUAUCUUCCGUACCUGGAGCAUAUGGACCCGCCGGCUUUUGAAAUCUCCCAAGAAGCCCUACCGCAAAGACUCGACGCCCUCCCUCACGCCAGACAAUUCCGUCCGAAGUGACUAG